CUGUUCGUUAUCGCCUAACCAAGCCUAAUAAAACACCACAACACCUCACAGCACAAUCCCACAAAGCACAAACCAAACCAAACCACACCGGGUGAUACGUGAACGUCGCGAGUUGUGAUAGUGUUAAUCUUUAUCGCCCUGAUAAGAAUUCCGUAAUGAAACUACAAUUGAGAUUCUUCUCUAAAAGCGCCAUGUCUUUGAAUAAUGUGCAAUCCAGAUUCGCUCUUCCAGCAAGAUUCAGAGAUUGUACCUACAGUGUUUGGGUAGAGUUUGUCGAUUUGGUGGCUAAGUAUAAACCAUUGAAUUUGGGACAAGGUUUCCCUGAUUAUAAUGCAUCGCAGUAUAUACCUUCCACGCUCGCAACAGUUGCUGCUGAAAAAAACAACUUUCUUCAUCAAUAUACCCGUGGUUUUGGUCAUCCGAGACUGGUCAACAUACUGGGAAAAAUGUAUUCCAAGUUGAUAAAUCGUCAAAUAAACCCGAUGACUGAAAUUUUAAUCACUUGCGGCGCAUAUGAAGCCAUCUACAGCGCUAUCGCUGGUCAUGUAGAUCAAGGUGAUGAAGUUAUAAUCAUCGAACCAUUUUACGACUGUUAUGAAGCCAUUGUUCGCAUUUUCGGCGGCGUUCCACGUUUCAUCCCGUUGAGAAAUACGAAAACUGGCAGCAGCGGAGACGUUUAUUCUAGCGACUGGAAACUAGACACAGAAGAGCUGAGUGGUUUAUUCAAUAGUAAAACCAAAUUAAUAAUACUCAACACUCCGCACAACCCUACUGGGAAGGCAUUCACUCGAGAAGAGCUACAAAUCAUAGCUGAUCUGUGUAAAAAACACAAUGUUGUCUGUUUAUCUGAUGAAGUAUACGAAUGGUUAGUGUAUAAACCAAAUGUUCACGUGAGAAUAGCAACGCUUCCUGGCAUGUGGGAAAGAACUUUAACAGUUGGCUCGGUUGGGAAAACAUUCAGUGUAACUGGAUGGAAAUGUGGUUGGAUAUAUGGACCAGACUACUUAUUGAAAAAUGCUAAUAUCGCGCAUCAAAAUAAUAUUUAUACUUACAAUACGCCUAUUCAAGAAGCCAUUGCGUUGUGUUUCGAGAAGGAAUUCCUUAAUUUAGAUAGCGGAAAUGCUUAUUUUCAAAAUUUACCUUCACACUUACAACCUAAACGAGAUUAUUUCAUGAAUGUUCUUAAAAAGGUAGGAUUCAAACCCACAAUACCUGAUGCGGGAUAUUUCGUCGUUGCAGACUGGUCAGCUCUUGCGAAAUACGCUGAUUUAUCAGCAGAGCCUGAUCCCAUAAAAGAUUACAAGUUCUCCAAAUGGAUGACAAAAAACGUCAAAUUAUUGGGAAUUCCUCCGUCAGCUUUUUAUGGUAAAGAACACAAAACGUUGGCUGAAAACUACAUCCGAUUCUGUUUCUUUAAGGAGGAUAAAACGCUUCAAAAUGCCGAAAAUAUACUGACCACUUGGAAGGAUUCGUGUAAGUUGUAGAAGAAAAUUACCUCAUUUCCUACGAAACUUUCCAUAAAUGUAACAUACCUAAGUAAGAGCGAGUUUAUUGCUAAUCAGUGUAAUAUUGUACCAUAUUCAUCUGUUAUCUCAAUGAGAUUCUAACAGCGAUUCAGUUACCGAUUAGGUACUUGUAACAUGUACCAAGUAACUAAUAUUUUAUUAUCGUCUUGUUCGUAUUUUUAAAUCAUUUAUACAUGAAAUAUACGUCACUUUGAGAAA